AUAAAUAUUGUCUUUUAGAGGCUGUUCAAAUAUAGUUUAGAGCUCACACUCGAAACAACAUUUUUGAGUAUCGCAUUCAUAAGACGUGUUACCCGGUUCCAAAAUACAAAAAUGAAAGCGCAAAUCAGGACUUUGAUUGUAAUUCUCGCAAUUUCAGCUUCGGGAGCUUUCCUAUGCUACGAUUGCUCGUACCCGACUACUGAUAACUGCAAAAAUUCUGAAAUAGAAUCAAGUAGUGGGCUAACCACCAAUUGCUCUACGUAUUGCAAGAAAGAGGAAGGAUACCUUCUUGGUACUCUUGUCUCUCUUACGCGAAGUUGUUCGAGUACGUGCACUGAGUCAGACGCGUGCGAAGACAAUGCCAAUACCGGCACGUGCACAUAUUGCUGUAAAUCCGAUGAAUGCAACGCAUCAAGUCACGUCACCGGGACCAUUUUUGUCACAGUUAUCAGCUGGUGCGCAGCCUUCGUGUUCCAGAUAAAAUAAGCCAUAGGCCUAUGCCUCCUGUGUCUGAAGUUGAACAUGCAAAUCGAUUUUCUCUGAUGUGUGUGUGUAUGUAGUUUAGUACAACAUAAACAAUUUUACAUUUGCAGCCCGGGAUGGUGUGUCCGGUGGUGAAUAGUUUUAAUUUCUUAUAUUAUUUAUUAUCAUUAAGUUUUUUACUCGUAGCCGAUACUUGAAAUGCUAUUUAUUAAAAAAAUAGUUUUUGUUUACAAAGAAUGCUGAAUACUGCCGUGUCGAUUUUGUAAUCGUAGAUUAGUAAAUAUAGAUAUAAUAGUCUGACGUCAUCAUUUACAUUAAAGGGGGUGUCAAUCAAACUAAACAACUGACCAUUCAGAAUUAAACAUAACAACCAGUAAAAUGUGCAGGUGCCGCAAGACCCAAGUAGUGUUUACUUAUGUUUACAAUGCCAUUUUGUGGGACCUUAGCAACAAGAUCCAAGGGGCGGGGCUUAUCAGAAAGGUCUAUUACUGUAUCCAUAUUUGGAAUUCUGUGGUUGGCUUUGAUGCAACAGUGUCAUGUAAUUCUUCUAACUGUGAAUGUUAUAAUGAAGGCACGACAAUUAACCGCACAUAAUGCCAGAAAGAAAGCAAAUGCUUUUAUGUGUGUUUAGCCAAGAAAACACGACAACAACACGAGUGAUGACGUAUAAUCAAGCUCAUGUCUAUGAUACAAUACUUUCGAUUUUACAUUGUAUAGUGUAGUAAUACAUUAGGGCAAAUUUAAUUGUAGUUGCAUUUAUAUAACAUAACCUGCACACUAACGAUAUUUUAUGUCGGAUCAUUAAUGAAUAAUAACUAAUAAAUAAAUUGUAAUUAUUAAACUCAGAUUUAUAAAUAGGCCUAAUCGCCAACUGUCACUUACUUCUUUGAAUGCAGUAAAUUAUGUUUUUCUUUUUCCCUCUUUUCGUUUUGAUUAUAAUUUGAUUAAUAUAUAAAUAUAAAAACAUGUUUGUGUUAUGUUAGUGUACAUACGCAUGUAUGUAAUGUAUGUGAAUUUAUUAUAUAGGCCUCUAUAUACAUAUACAUAUAUUAUAUAUGUUUUAGUUUUUAUUAUUAUUAUUUUAUUAUUAUUAUUAUUAUUAUUAUUAUUAUUAUUGUCUACUAAUACAAACACUACUAUUAUUGCUAUAUAUUAGUAUUUUAUCAAAUGUGGGACAACGAUCGUCCUAAUUUUUUACUAGGACAUAUCCAAAAAAAAUCAGGCGCUGUAGUUAGUUUUCUCUCUGUACUAAAUUGGGUUUGGUUUUGGUGUGUUGAAUGCGGAGAAUUAAUCGGGGGUGAGGGAGGACGAUUUAAAUGGAUAAAUAAAUAAUACGGUAGUAUAUAAAGAUUCAAA